CGAAAAUGUCAGUAAAGAUAUUCCAUAUAUUAAUCUCUUCUGGACAGCUAAUAGGGAAAAUAUGAAAGGUAAGAUAUUUACACCUAUACAGUAUAAAUGAAGUUUCAAUCUCUAAAAUCGCUUAUUUAGAAGAAAAUAUCAUUAGAAUAAAAUUUGGUAAAAUUUAAAUAUCGUUUGAGCUAGAUCAAUCUCUGGGAAACAAUGAUCCCCAUCUACUAUUAAAUAAUAAAUGGACAAAUGAAGGAAAUACAAAUGUCAGACCUAGGAAUUGCCAGGUACAGGAAAACAUUUGUACAUAAUUGAAUAAAUAAGUAAACAAAAAAAUUAGGACAUAAAUAAAUAAACAUUAUUUAUAAUACGUAGUCUCAAUCAUAUUCUUAAUCUUCAUUUACUUUCAGAUUUAUCUUGACUUAGAUUGCACCAUCGAUGAAGUAAAAACUACUUCAAAUUCUGAACCAGCAGGAUUUCGUGUUAAUACAGAAAAUAGUGAAACGAAUGGGAAUGAGUUUAUGAAUGACCCUGACAUUUUCGCAAAAAUAAAUAUAGCAGAGGAAUAUAAUCUGAGUGAAGAAAGUGAGACGAGAUUCUUAGUAAAUGAUUCGGUGCAACGAAUUAUAAUUAAUAUUGAUGGAAAUUUUACGGGCGCGCUACUUCAGUUGCCCACAGACGCAACAGCGUCGAGGCACGGUACGGCGAUGUCUUGGGUACACAAGGGUACAACAGGGAUGAGAAUCGACACGCGGAACGGACCACCUGGCGAGUGGAGGGUGAAGCUUCUAGGGGUGGAUAAUUCGAAAUAUCACGUCGCUGCAGUGGGUUUCCUUAGUGGAGGAAAUAUCGACGGAAAGAACGGAUUACUCGUUCCAGAUUUACGACUGGACGGCGAAUCUAAUGGGAAUUCAAUAUCAAAUUACCAAUCGCGAUUGACAAAUGAACCGAUGGAAAAGGAACAGAGCGAAGAAUUAAUGGAGGAUCAAAAACAUGAGGAGCUUCGUUCAAGAUCUUCAAUCGAAGCGGUAGAAAGUCUGGAGGAUAUGGAUGUUAAAACGCCGAUGCAGAAUGUGUCAAUGAGGCUGACAGAAGACUUGGAUAAUAGAGAACUGUCCGAGGAAUUAGUGACCUAUGCCAGUAAAGGUGUUAUCGAACAGAAAAAAAUGUUAAUUGAAGUGAACAGGGAUAGUAAUUUGCUCGCCACACCAGGAACGAUACAUAGGAUAACGUUCGAUGUAAUGAAUAGCUGCGUUCUGCCAGUCAUAUACACGUUCCGAGUGAAGAGCUCUCCUUUCAGGGUGUACAAUGUUAAACCAAUAAGUGCUUGGAUUUAUCCUGAGCAAGUGGCGAACGUAGCGAUCGAUUUGGUGGUGCCAAACAAUGCUGCGCCGGAUACAGCUAAUACAGUUUCAUUGAACAUCUUGGGAACAGAAAUUAAGGAGAAGUCUGCGUACAUUUAUGUGCAAGGGUCGCUUUCAAGAUUAACCGAUGAUGCUAAACCAGUCAUCGAUUUUUCUUACAACAGUAACUGUGCUGGAAAAUUGGAUAAAGAUCGGUGCUAUAAAUCACGCUGGAGCAUAGAUCUUACGAUACAGGAUUACGACUCAGGUUUAAAGCGCGUAUUAUCAACACCGAACGAUAUCUACCCACGUACUGAAUUCAUUAGCGGCACAAGAAGCCCUGUAACAUUUUACUACUCCGCUACCUGCUGCGAUAAAACAGUGAAAAUUACGGCAAUAGACCUAUUAAACAACUACAACACUAUAACGAUAGACGUCACAGCUUGGAAUAAUUUGUCAGAAGCAGAAAUCGCAGCAAUCACAGUGGGAGCACUGUUAGCUCUAUUAUUUAUUAUCUUAAUCGUUAUAUUAAUUAUUUACUGCGUUCGACGAAGGAAGAGUCACGACCUGCCAUACACACAGAGAUAUGGAUCCACCAGACCGCCUGUCCAGUCAGAGAGAUUUUAAUUCCUUAUUCAUCUAAUUAUCCAAACAUGAUAUAAUACGAAAUAUGUAUAUACUAUUGAUUACUAUAUAAAUUAAUAUUAUAAUUA